AUGAAGUUUUCCCAAGUUGCCACUACUGCUGCCUUUUUUGCUGGCUUAACUACUGCUGAGGUUGCUUAUGUCACCAAAACUCGUGGUGUUACUGUUGCUGAAACUGCUACUGUCGGCACAACUGUUACUGUUGGUGCAACCGUCACUGGUGGUGAUCAAGGCCAAGGUCAAGGCCAAGGCCAACAAGAACCAGCUACAUCCGAACCUGAACAAGCUGAAACCACUGCCAAUGCCGAUGGCAAUAAUGGUUUUGACAUCACCCAUGUCUUUACCACUACCAUUAUGGGUCAAGACGUUGUCUAUUCCAGUGUUUAUUCCAGCUCCGGUGAAGAAACUCCAGCUGGAGACGCACAAGUUAAGACCAUCACUAUUGGAGGUGACAACUCCGCUUCUACUGAAGCUCCUGCUGAAGCUAGCCCAUCUACUGUAACCACUUCUUCUGAUGCUCCUAAAGCUAAAGUCCCAGAACCUACCGAAGAAACUUCCGAAACCGCUGCUGCUACAGCUAGUGCUACUGCUUCUUCUGGUGAUAAUGACUUUAGCGGUGUUCAAGAUACUGAGUUUUCUAAACAAAUCUUGGAUGCUCACAACAAAAAGCGUGCUAGACACGGUGCUCCAGAUUUGACAUGGGACUCUGAUGCUUAUAAAUACGCUCAAGACUACGCUAAUCAAUAUAGUUGUUCCGGUAACUUGCAACACUCUGGUGGUAAAUUUGGUGAAAACUUGGCUGUUGGUUUUGCUGAUGGCCCUGCUGCUCUUGAUGCUUGGUACAAUGAAGCCGGCAAGGACGGAUUAAGCUAUGAUUACGGUUCUUCUACUCACUACAAUCACUUUACUCAAGUUGUUUGGAAAGCAACCACCAAAGUUGGUUGUGCUUACAAGGAUUGUCGUGCUCAAAACUGGGGAUUAUAUGUUAUUUGUUCUUAUGAUCCAGCUGGUAACGUUAUGGGUACUGAUCCAAAGACCGGUAAAUCUUAUAUGGCUGAAAAUGUCUUGAAACCACAAUAA